AUGUCAUUGACAAAGAGUCAAUUAAAUGCACAACAUUGUCGCGACUUUGUUUCGACUAUUCACACCGCGCCUUAUGAUACAAUUGAUCCAGCAGUGGUAAAUUUGCAUUCUCCCUUUGUCGUAUGCAUCAUUGGAGGUAGAGGUGCAGCUGGAGGAGGUCUGGCACGGGCUUAUGCUCGAGCGGGCGCAUCAGGUCUAAUUCUUGCUGCUAGGACUCGCACAGCCCUCGAACAAACAGCGAAAGAGGCUCGCUCGAUAAGUCCAAGCGCAAAAGUAAUUGUUUCUGAGUGCGAUAUUACAUCCGAGAGCCAAGUCAAAUCUCUAGUGGAUACAGUUAAGUCCGAGUUCAACGGGCGCCUGGACGUGGUUAUUGUGAACUCUGGCUACUCGGGGCCGAUAAUUCCAGACGUUGUGCAGGAAUCUCCGGACGACUACCGGAAUGCGUUUGAUGUGAACCUUAUGGGUCUUUUUUAUGCUGCCCACCACCUUCUGCCACUACUGGUCGCGACAAAUUCUGUGGCUAGGAGCUUGAUUGCAAUCAAUUCGAUGGCGGCACCAACAGUGUCGGGCCCUCUUGCACAUGCUCACUACUGUGUGAGCAAGGCAGCACAGGCCCGGCUCAUCGAAAUGAUAAACGAACAAUAUUCUGACAGAGGAAUUUUCUGUGCGAGUGUACAUCCUGGUGGUAUGCGCAGUGACUUUUCGAAGGAUGCACCGGAGUGGCUCUUCAAACAUCUAGUCGGUGCUUUUUGCACUUGGCUUUCAUCACCCACAAAUUCCGAGAGACGACGACAGGUCUUGAAUGGACGGUUCCUUUCCUGCAAAUGGGAUGUUACUGAGCUAGAGGCACGGUUUGAUGAGAUUAUUGAGAAGGAUCUGCUCAGGUUCCGUAUUGCUGUGGAAUAG